CGUUCGGAAUUCGAAUGUGGCUUUGGAGUUCGAUGCUGUUUUGUUUUUUAUGAGAAAAACUAUUGUUAAAUAGGAUUGUGCGUGGAAACGGACAGUGUUGCAGACGGAUUUGAUGUUGAUCCCUUUGUGUCAGGGGCACUAGAUGGCAGUUCAACUGGAACUGCCGUACCUACCGUCGUCGGGCAUUGACUGGUGAUGCGGCGAGCGCUGGAACGAUGAGCGGGAGACGAGGCCCUUGCAAGAGCUUCGCGAUCAGCAUCAUACAAAUAGUCACUAUCAUCUGCCAAGUGCUGACGGAGGAGCCGCGGUUCGCCGAGCCCAUCCCCAACGUGACGGUGGCGUUGGGGCGGGAUGCCAGCCUCCCCUGCGUCGUCGAACACCUUGGCACUUAUAAGGUGGCAUGGAUCCACAUCGACCGGCAGAUGAUCCUGACGAUCCACCGGCACGUGAUCACGCGGCUGGCGCGCUUCAGCGUGUCGCACGAUAACGCGAUGACGUGGCUGCUGCACGUCAGCCAGGUGCAGCAGGAGGACCGCGGCUACUACAUGUGCCAGGUCAACACCAACCCCAUGAUCAGCCAGGUCGGCUACCUUCAGGUCGUCGUGCCCCCCAACAUCCUAGAUGAGGAGAGCACGCAGUCGGCGGUGGCUGUCCGCGAGAACCAGAACAUCAGCCUGGUGUGCAAGGCGGACGGAUUCCCCGCGCCCAAGAUCAUGUGGCGGCGCGAGGACGGCCAGCCCAUAUCCGUGGACCGGAGGAAGAAAGUGACAGUGUACGAGGGUGAUACCCUGAGCCUGCAGCGCAUCAGCCGCACAGAGAUGGGAGCGUACCUGUGCAUCGCCACCAACGCCGUGCCGCCCUCUGUGUCCAAGCGGAUCAUCGUGGACGUGGAAUUUUCCCCAAUGAUUUGGGUCCCGAACCAGCUGGUGGGGGCGCCGGCCGGGACCGACGUGACUGUGGACUGCCACACAGAAGCGCAUCCCAGAGCCAUCUCCUACUGGGUGUACGACAACGUCAUGGUACUGCCCACCAAGAAGUACGCCAUCAACACCGAGGAGAACUCUUAUAGAGCACACAUGAAACUCACUGUGCGGAACCUCCAGAGUGGUGACUUCGGGAACUACAGGUGCAUUUCCAAAAACUCCCUCGGGGAGACCGAGGGGUCCAUCAGGCUUUACGAAAUACCGAUGCCCUCCACGUCUCCGAAGGCCACUGAAAUGAAAAGCAACGCUCACAAAGAAAGCGUGCGCCGCGCGAACGCGAGCCGGGCGGUGGUGCGAGCCGAGCCCGGCACCGAGCGCCCGAGCGUGGUGCGCGCGCAGCUCGACCGCGCGCCCGAGCGCGACGCCGCGCACCACGUCUACCGCCCGCCGCACCCGCACCACGUCUCAGGUGCAAAAACACUUCAUUGUUGGAGGCAACCGUUUCUGGCUAUUGUAAUUCUUGUUCAAAUGGAUCUUAUAGUCUGA